AUGUCGGCAUCGUCGUCAACACUAUCCCCAUUUGACAUGAGUGGUCUUGGGGCCGGUUUCGGCCUCUAUAGGCCUCGCCGACCGAGUUAUACAUAUGCUACACAGGCAAACAGACAAAGAACUGAAAGCUACAGGUACGCCGUCAAGAAAAGCGCCGCCGAUGUGGAGGAGCAGACGGAUUUCAUAGAAGGUUAUCUUACCAAAAGAGGACGGAAGGAAAGUUAUGUGAGAGCAACACGAAGAGGAGAUGACGCCUUCGAAUUAAGAUCAGUUCUUGACAAUUGCUCAUCCACAAAACCUUCAAAACCUACCAAAAAUAAUAUAAUGAUGACGUCAGCCUCGCAUUCAGUGUACAAACUUAACGAGGAUCUAAAUACUCAGAGUCCUAGUUACAACAAAGGAGGAGGAAGCAAAAAACUUCCAAUAGCCGGCGAAAAUCACAUAAUGUGUCAAGAUAAUACGAAAGAAAAUGUCGGGACACCAUGCUCUGAAUUAAGUAGUACUGUGCCAUCUAUAAUUGUUUUUACAUUCAAGAAAAAUUUAGUGUUUUUAUGUAUUAGUUUUAUUACACUGUUUUCCUCCUUCAGGGCUAUACAGAACCUCCAAAGUUCAAUCAACGACAAAGGAAAUCUAGGGAUUAUUGCCAUGGGGGUUGUGCACGGGGCUAUGUUCUUAACCUGUUUGUGGGCCCCUUCAAUCAUCAACAAAUUAUCUGCUAAAUGGGCUCUAGUGAUUGGAAUGUUCAGCUUUCUUACAUGGAUUGGAGCGAACUUUUAUCCAACAUUUUACACACUAAUACCAACUGCUAUAUUUUCAGGGUGUGGACAAGGAAUUUUAUGGACAGCUGAAAUCUCCUACAUUUUAAAACUAGCAUUUGAUUCUUCUCGUGUCAGUAGGGGCAACAUAGAUAAAGAGGUCCUUCGUUUCCAUGGCAUAUUUCUAGCGUGCUUCCAAACGACACAUAUAUGGGGAAAUCUCAUAUCUUCGUUUGUGUUGAAUUUCUACAAAGAAGAACCGAAAUCAUUUUAUAUGCCCUCUAACAUGUCUGGCGCGCCUAUACCGAGUGAAGAUAUGGGUGAGGACGCUGGAGUAUUAAAUAAUUGUGGCGUUCUACACCCAUGUGGAAUUCCGGAUUACAGUAAAACUACAGGGGUGGACAAUCUCAAUGUUGUAUGGAAGCUCAUGUGUGCCUACAUGGUAUUGGGAUUUAUCGGAUUCUGCCUUAUUUUCUUCUGCUUGGACAGAAUUGGUGCCAAAGUGGAUCCAGAGAAAACAAGCCUCAGUAUUGUUGGCCAGCACCUGACCCUCCUUAUCUCCCACAAGACCUUUCCGCUCCUGAUUCCCCUGUUGAUAUUCAGCGGGCUUCAGCAAGGUUUCAUAUUCGCCGAUUUCACAAAGUGGUUUUUCUCAUUCGCCCUGAUAUGUGUCACGUGCCCGGAGGACGCAGAUAUAGCAUUUGCGAACUACCGACUGCUGCAAAGUUUCGGUCUGGCUUUCUCCUUCAUCAGUGGAACGUUCGUGUGUGUAUCUGGCAAGUUGUAUAUCCUUAUCAUUAUGCUGGUAGUGUCUGUUAUGUUCUACGUGUUAGCGGAGUAUAAAGUACGGCAAGUGGACAACGACGUGUUCGAGGAACCCACGCAAAACUGA